UCCACAUUAAACUUGUUUUGGUGCCAUGCACUAGGGCUGGGAAAAGUGUAGCCCUGCAGGUACUUUUGGACUGUGGGUCAUGUUAUUCCUCACCUUUGGUUAUGUUGGCUAGGGAUGCUGGGACUUGAUGUCUGAAAACAUUAGGAGAGCCCAUCUACACAGAAUGGCAGGUUGUUUCUGAGGGGACUGAGAAGGGGAGAGGCAAACAAAAACAGAUCCCAUAUGUUUUGCCUGCAUUUACAGAGAAAAUAACAGCUGACAGUAUCCUUCAGGACAAGCUUGUACAAGAUAAUUUCACUCCGGCACUUGCAGCUUUUUUUUAUGCCUCAAUGCCUAUCUAUACUGUUCCUAAACAAAGCCACGUUAGUGUCCUUGGUGGUUCUUCACAAAAGCAUCCCCCAGAAGCUGCUUGUACUAGAGACAAGUUUAGAAAACCAUUUACACCAGAUGUAUUAGAAAAUGAGAGAGAGAAUUCACUCUCCCAGUCCUUGAAUAAGACUAAAGAAUUAAACAGGACUUAUGUGCUUUCUGCUUGUAAGAAGCUGGCUGAUGCCUCACUGGCCCUUACAACUGGAGGCAAGUUGACACUCCAAAGACGAACUGUGACAAGCAGAGAACAAUCCAGGAUAAAUGCAACAUGCAAUGGCGAAAAUACACAGGCAGAAAAAAGACUGACGCUGCAGCGCCGUCUGAGGAUUGGCUCUACCGAGAAACAUAAAACACAUGACACUGAUGAUGUUAGAAGAGAAAACACAACUUCACUUCCAGCAAAAACUAACAGCAAUGACCCUCCAUUUGUUAAGACUUGCCAUCAGUCACUUAAAACCUGCACGGAUGUAAAGAUAAUUCCUGAUAUGAAAAGCCAUGUACCUUUUAAUCAGAAUGGUUCAAAUGGUUAUAGGAGCUACACACCUCUGAAACCCAAGACGAUAAGUGCUGGUUCAGAGAGUGAAAACAGGCUUCCUAGAUCAUCACUUUUAACCACAGCAAAACCUGAUAGGACACCUGCUGUUAAACAAACUGAAGAAUGGAAUUUCAGAAAGGAAAAUUUCACCGUAAGCCUGCAAAGUGGAGUUCUUAAAAAUGGAAAUUUGGAAAGGCAGAAGACGCCAAGAAAAGGAAUUACAGAAGGAAUUAAAUUUACUCCCCAAAAUGGAUCUGUUCAGUAUGUUCAGAGUUCUACUACCCCUACUGUAAAGAAUACAACACUUUGCCCUGAAAUAAGAUCAUAUACUCACAGCAGUAGAAAAGGAAGGUUGCAAGAAAACACCACAUCUAUCCAGCAAAUAUCUCUGCUGCAAGAAGAUACUUCAAAGAAGAAUAUGUGUGUUAAAGAUGACCCUUUCAAAAUUGAAAACAGUAAAGUGACUGUGGCGGUCAGAGUUCGCCCCUUCAGCAGCAGAGAGAAAAACGAAGAAACGUUCCAGAUCAUUUCCAUGUCUGGGCAAGAGACUGUUGUAAACCAUCCAAAUACAAAACAAAUAUAUAGUUUCACCUUUGACUUUUCAUUCUGGUCUUUUGAUAAGAGUCAUCACUUUGCAAGCCAAGAGAUGGUAUAUCAGUCCUUGGCAGUUCCUCUCUUAGAAAGGGCCUUUGAAGGAUACAAUACCUGCCUUUUUGCAUAUGGACAGACUGGUUCUGGAAAGUCAUAUACCAUGAUGGGCUUUGAUAAUGAUGAACAAGGAAUAAUACCAAGAUUCUGUGAAGAUCUCUUUAAUCGAAUAGAAGAAGCAGAAAUACAACAGAUUGCUUAUCAUCUUGAAAUGAGCUAUUUUGAAGUCUACAAUGAAAAGAUUCAUGAUUUGCUUGUCUUCAGCCAUGAAAAUGGACAGAAGAAACAACCUCUUCGUGUAAGAGAACAUCCAGUCUUUGGACCAUAUGUGGAAGACCUGACAGUGAAUGUUGUUACUUCUUAUUCAGAUAUCCAGCGCUGGCUCCAGUUAGGAAAUAAGCGCAGAGCUACUGCGGCCACAGGCAUGAACGACAAGAGUUCUCGAUCUCAUUCUGUUUUCACACUGGUGAUGACACAAACAAAGGUCUGGAAUCAAAUGAAUUUAUACACAUUCAAAAAUUGGACAGAUAUUGUGGAAAAGGAAGAACGUGAACAUAGAAUUAUCAGUCGUGUUAAUCUAAUAGACUUAGCAGGUAGUGAACGCUGCUCUGCAACUCGGACUAGUGGAGAAAGAUUGAAGGAAGGUGCGAGUAUUAACAAAUCCCUUUUGACUUUGGGAAAAGUUAUUUCUGCUCUCUCAGAACAAAAUCAAAGCAGGACGAAGGUAUUCAUUCCAUACCGUGAAUCUGUGCUUACAUGGCUGUUAAAAGAAAGCCUGGGUGGAAAUUCAAAAACUACUAUGAUUGCCACAGUAAGCCCUGCUGCCAGAAAUGUAGAGGAAACGCUUAGUACUCUUCGAUAUGCUAGGCAAGCGUGUUUCAUAGUCAACAUUGCCAAAGUAAAUGAAGACAUCAAUGCUAAGUUAAUUCAAGAAUUGAAAGCUGAAAUUGAGAAACUGAAAUUGGCUCAAAAGAAUCUUCAGAACGUUGAUCCUGAAAAGCAGAGACUUUAUGUUCAAGAAAUAACAUCCCUAAGAAUGAAACUACACCAACAAGAGAGAGAGAUGGCUGAAAUGCAAAGGGCCUGGAAAGAAAAACUUGAACAAGCAGAAAAAAAGAAAUUUGAGGAAACAAUGGAGUUACAGAAAGCAGGCAUUACAUUCAAGGUGGACAACAGUUUGCCUAAUUUGGUCAAUCUCAACGAAGAUCCCCAGCUCUCUGAGAUGUUGCUGUACAUGCUUAAGGAAGGACAAACGACAGUUGGGAGGUGCAAGCCAAAUUCAUGUCAUGACAUUCAGCUCUCCGGCAUCUUAAUUUCUGAUGACCAUUGCAUUAUCAGACAUGUGGAUGGUGCUGUAAGUAUUAUGCCACAGGAAGAUGCAAAGACGUAUGUUAACGGGAAAUGCAUUUUGGGCCCUACGAAUCUCCACCAUGGUGACCGGAUCAUUCUUGGAGGAGACCAUUAUUUUCGGUUUAAUAAUCCAGUAGAAGUUCACACAAUGAAACGUGGGGUUGCUGUUCCUGAGGAUGGCCCAAAAGAUUUUGAAUUUGCAAAAAAUGAAUUGCUGGCUGCACAAAGAGCUCAACUUGAAUCAGAAAUAGAAGAAGCACGGCUGAAAGCUAAGGAAGAAAUGAUGCAAGGAAUCCAAAUUGCAAAAGAAAUGGCCCAAGAAGAACUUUCUUGUCAGCAGAAAAAUUAUGAGAGCCAGAUAAAAUCAUUAGAAACACAGUUGCAAGAAGAAUCCCGUAGGAAACAACUGCAGGAAAUGAAUAAUGAAAUGGCUGCAAACAAAAUUCAAGAGUUGGAGAAAGCAAAGCGAGACCUUGAGCUAGAGGUACAUUUCAACAAGAGGCGCUUGGAAAUGGAGACAUUGGCUGCCAGAGAGGUUUUAGAAGAUCAUGCAAUUCGGCAUGCCAAGAUUCUUGAAGCGUUGGAAGCUGAGAAGCAGAAAAUUGCUCAGGAAGUACGAACUUUCCAACAAAACCGAGGAAAUAGAAAAAAAGCAGAGCCAAACUGGAAUUCUUUGAAACUAUCCAUGAUGAUAAAAGAGGCCAAUACUAUUAGCAGUAAACUGGAGAAGCACAGUGUGUUUUGUAGGCAUGAUGCAAUGGAUAAAGAAAAUGGCAUUGGCCCUUGUGUUCAGGUCCGUAAUAUCAGGUUGGGUAUUACAACUUUCUGGAGCAUGGAAAAGUUUGAAGACAAGCUGGCUGCCAUGAAAGAAGUCUAUGAGACAAACAAUACCAGCAAAUUUGAUGACAUUUUUAAUGAUCCUACUGAUGAAUGGGAACCUGAUUUUUUAAAUACAUCUAUUUCUUCAUUUUCUACAAAAAGGAGAAGCAGAAGUCUGAGAAAGAGCAAGCGGAUUUCUGGGUGUUUGUCUGAGGUAAAGAUGAGAAUCCACAGCUCUUACUUACCAGGGUCAACAAAUAAUCUAGCCAGCCUGGGCUCAGAUCCACCUGAAUCAUUCCUGCCCAGCAUUUGUAAGGAAUUUAUUAAUUCAGCUUUGGAUGUGUUUGAACGUACCCAUGAAGAAGAGGAGAACAUAGCCCAAAGCCUUUUGGAGAGACUCUUCACAAUUCAUAUAGGAGUCAUUGCUCUGACGAAGGCUUAUGAGCAAGCUGAAGAAAGUCAAGAAAACUUUUUUGUGACUGAUCAAGCUGCUCAGUCCUGCAGCAUCAGGAUUACCUCAACUUUUGAACAGAUUAUACUUCUAACCAAGCACUGGGCAAACUGUUUCCGAAAAAACGAGGAAUUUGUAAAAAUUUAUGAUGAAAUAAGGGAAGGUGUGAAAUGUUUGGGAGGAUAUCUGCAACUGCUCUUGCAGGCUGGUGGUUCAGAUUUGUCAUUAGUGGUAGCAGAGGCACAGAAGAAAAUAAAAGAGACGCUGAAAGACAUUGUGAAAUAUAUAGGGCACUUGGCAGCACUUUCUGGCUCUGACUUGCAUUUGGAGGUGGAAAACAAUGGGGAUGCAAGUGCUACAAAGAAGCUUUUCAUGUCAGACAUCUAUGAUGGAAUGGAUGCAGGAUUAUCACACCUUUUAGACUGUAUACAGAAGACAUCCAGAAUAAUGCAGAAUGAACUCUUAAAAUGGUACCCACAAAAUGAGGUUCAGAAUCAAAUAAAGGAUAAAGCUAUGGCAUUGGCAAAGUUCCUUGAGAAUAUUGUAUCAGACUGCAAAAAGAGAGGCAUAACAAAUCUAUUAAGGAGGGAAGAAUCCAUUGACCAGGAGUUAAAGAAAGCUGUAAGAAGAGCUGUUGAACUGCUGGAAUUACAUCAUUGUCUAGAUCAAGUCUUCCACAUGGUUACUUCUUCAUUACAAGCUUCAUGCAGAAAUACAAGUCCACUCAGGUAUUUUGUAGAGAAGAUUUGCAUCUUAGCUGGAAAUUUUAAUACUUUCUGCAUUCCAUCCCCUUCGUCUAUUGGUUCAGCAGACAAUCCUGUCCAACGAAUCUCAGAGCUUCUUGUGAACCAAAAUGAAUUGGAUUCUGUAGCAAAGUCUCUUAUUAUAAGUUUUGAACUUGAACAUGGACAGAAUGCAUUGAAACUUCAGGAUGGUGGCAUGCUGCAUAUUCAAUCUGAUGGCAAACAACUUGAAAGAGGUGGUGCUACAAACUUUUGGGAACAGAAGGAAAUUCCAAAAUGUAAACUUUGGUCUGUGCCUGAAAGCUUAGGACCAUCUUCACCCAAUGGAAUACAUUGGGUAUAAAAUAUUGUUAACUUGUGUAAUGCAGGGAAUAGGACACAAUGUGAUGGUCGUGUUAGCCAUUCUGUUACCAUCAUGAAAGCAAAUACUGUACCUUUAGAGGCUUGAAAUGAAGAACGCAUAUGGCCAGUUCACAUACUUUGUUAGUAGGUUUACCAGAGUGAAAACGGGAAAGGGCUCUUGUGCCUUUAAUGGUUAUAUGGAAGAGGAAAUUCCUGCUACAAGAUGUUACUUGUCAUUCAACCAGCUAGCAAGCAAUAUAUGUUGAGAAUCCCUCUUCUACGCAGUCAUUAAAGACACGGGAGCCCUCACUAGUUUUUGAUCUAGUAAUGCUAUUCCCAGCUACAAUUGUCCUUCAGGUUGUAUGGAUUGAGUGCAUAUGAUUCUUCUAUCCUUUGCAUAUAAAGACAUAGUGUGAAUCAAGUGCUCUCUUCUUACCCGGGGUAGUUUAAGUUGGGGUCCAGUUCACUUAAUUCUUCAUUUGAAUGUGAUAAAGGGAAAGACUGUAAAUGAUCUCCUGGCGAGGAUAUGUGCUAGGAAGGGUGGGUAGGUAGAUAGGAAAUGCCUCUACUUGGUCCUUGUCCCAUGGAAUGAGGACUUUAAUUUUAGUAGAACAAUAAAUUCCCACAGGAAUGAAAGUAGUCUAAGGGCCGGUACAUACGGGCCGCGAAACACCGUCCUCUUUGCUGCGCAGCGUUGCUGCAGCAACCAAAAAGAUGACAAAAAAGCUUAAAAAGUUGCUUUUUUGGGCUACAUCUUGCAGAAUCUCUGAAAAAGUAUAACCGUUUCAUACUGGCUGUGGGAUUCUGGGAGCCAUAGUCAUACCAACUCCCUCUUCUUAAGCUCUGUAUAGUCCAACAGAAACUGUUUAUCAUUCGUUUGGGAGGCUUGAUAUGAUCCUUGGCUUUACAGAAUUGUUGAUUUUUUAAAAAAAAAAGUAGUAUUAGUUUUCAUAUUUCUCUAAUAACAUCAGAUUUGAUAGAAGCUUGAAAAUGUAAUUGUGCUUGUAAUCAUGUCUGUGCAUAUUUAUCUACCUUCACAUAUGUGUAUAUAUAAUGCUUAUGAAAAUUUAUACAAACUGGACGGUUUGUACAAAUAGCUUAAGGAAAAUGCAAUAUAAUUGUUUUCAUUUUAAAUUAUAAUCCCUGAGCCCUGUAUAUUGAGAAGUCCUUCUAAAAAGCUUAUGUAAAAAGUAUUCUGAAUCUGCACAAAGGUUCAUUAGAGCAUUAAGAGAUCUUUAUUAAUUUAUA